UUCAGUUAAGCUUCUCAACAUCUCUGUUCAAAUGCAAGAUGGUACAUCAUUUUUGGUGCAAAACAUUGUAGAUUUGAGCUACUUUGAAUCGUCUUCAAGUCAGCCAGGGUACAUUUUAUUUCUGCUGUGUGUUUUAAACCAAGAGAUUCCAAAAUGUUAAUAGUGAUUUGUAUUGUAAGCUUGAUGUACUGCAUAAGUGGACAGAUGCUGAACAACAAAUUCAAAGGCCCCCAGUAUAUCUGCAGUAUACCUGGUUUGCCUGGUCCUCCUGGGCAACCAGGACCUAAUGGAGCAACUGGAGCACACGGGCGCAUUGGGCUGCCAGGAAGAGAUGGAAGAGAGGGAAGGAAAGGAGAGAAAGGAGAAAAAGGAGACGCAGGUCUAAGAGGGAAGUCAGGUCCCGCCGGAAAAAUUGGAGAAAAGGGAGACAGAGGGCUAACAGGCAAGAAAGGACCUGACGGAUUUGCAGGCGUCAAAGGAGUACUAGGGCCAGACGGUCCUCUUGGGGAGAAAGGAGACAAGGGACAACGAGGGCAUCCAGGAAAACCAGGACUAUGCAAAUGUGGGAGUCUGGUACCCAAAUCAGCCUUUACAGUUGGUAUCACCACCAGCUACCCUGAGGAAAAGUCUCCCAUAGUAUUCAACAAAGUCUUUUUCAAUGAGGGAGAACACUACAACCCCACCACUGGGAAGUUCAUCUGUGCUUACCCGGGUAUUUACUACUUUUCCUAUGACAUCACACUGGCCAACAAGCACCUGGCAAUUGGACUAGUACACAAUGGACAAUUCCGCAUAAAGACUUUUGACGCCAAUACGGGAAACCACGACGUUGCUUCUGGAUCUACAGUUAUGUACUUGAAUCCAGAAGAUGAAGUCUGGCUGGAAAUCUUUUUGACUGAUCAGAACGGCCUGUUUUCGGACCCAAACUGGGCAGACAGUCUGUUCUCUGGGUUUUUACUUUAUGCAGAUACAGACUACUUUGAUGCUCUUUCAGAAGAUUAUGCAUGAAAAAUGGACUCUCUGACAAACUAGUGGUUGGCAACAUUAAAAUAAAUGUUAUGAUCAGGUUUAAGUACAAAGCAAUGUGGAAAGCAGAACUAAUGGAGUAACUAUAAACAGUGUGAUGCAUGUGUGUUUAUUAUAACAAAUAUUCAGUGGCUGAUGUAAUGCACAACUAUGACCAAAAUUUUUGCUUUACCAUAUAGAAUUAACUAAUUUUGCUUUAUAAAGUUGAGUGAAACCUGCUGAAUAAUGUUACUUUAAAAUAUUGAAUGACAUAACGCUUUCUAGUUUUCUAUAUA